AUGAUCGCGCGUGCCACGAUACAUACAAAGCCGCAUUAUCACUCCCAUAUUAUCAUAACCAACCUCUCUCCGCACUCCACCCCGAAAUCAACACCUUCAAUCUGUCGCAAGACUGCUGACCCGUCUGCUGCUGCAACCGCUACCACAACAACAAUGGCUCCUCCACCUCCCGCUUCGAUGCCGCUGGGCCAGCGCCUUGCUGCUCUCGCCCAGACGCUCCAGUUUGCCUGGUUCGCCGGCCACGUCUCCCUCUUGCUGGCCACGCUGCGCUACAGUCUCUCAUACAUCACUUUCAACACAGCCUCGAAAAUGGCUGCCUUUACCUACCGGGUGGCCUUUUUGUCUGCCACCGUCACAUACGGCAUCGUCGUCUACAAGGCAUACCGUGCGCGCAUGAGGGCUGGGAAGCAGGGCAGCAUUGUGUCGCUGGCCACAGAUGAAAACGUGCAAUAUUUGUUCAUGGCCCUUGUUUGGCUCUUCUCUCGUCAGAUCCCCGCCGCCAUCCUUCCCUUCGCCGUCUACUCAGUGUUCCACGUCGCUACCUACGCCCGCUCCAACUUGCUGCCCACCAUCCAGCCUCAGCCUGCCGGCGCCAAGCCUUCUGGUGCCUCAGACAUGAUUGGCAAGUUUGUCAAGGACUACUAUGAUGGCAGCAUGACUCUGGUCGCUGUUCUCGAGAUUGCUUUGUGGUUCAGGGUUCUCGGCUCCGCACUUCUGUUCCAGCGGGGCUCUUGGAUCUUGCUCUCCAUCUACACCGUCUUCUUCCGCGCACGCUUCGCUCAAAGCCAGUUUGUUCAGGGUGCCAUCACCAACCUGACUGCCCGUCUCGAUGCUCAGCUCGCCAACCAGAGCAUCCCCCCAGCUGUCCGCCAGUCCUGGGGCACCUUGAAGAACGUUGUCAGGCAGGCAGCUGACGCGACCGAUAUUCGCAAAUACGUUGGCGGACAGCAGCCUGCGCCCAAGAAGGCGCAGUAA